AUGUUCCGGGUCCAAAUCUACAUUUUUCUGGCCUUCGCGUGCACUACCAAAGCAGAAGGUUCGUCGUUUUUGAAAAGAACAACUCGGAAACAUUGUCCCGAAAAGGGUGCUUCAAAAAGUACGCAACCUUCUGACGUAGCUAUUAAUAUUUAGAGAGGCCUUUUUUUUCCUCGCUAUCUCUGCUUUCCUGAAAUCGCACCUCGCACGCGACUUUUGCCGCAGGGCAUCCGAUCGCGUGUCGCUCUUAUCAGCCAUGCAUCAGAAGAAGCGCGACUCGCCAAGUUUCGCUUCGCUUCUCAACACUUUUUGACGGUUGCGCGAGAAGUAGUAUGAAAAAAGCACGCGUGAGCAUAGUAUUCAAAAAACAAAAAUUAAUAAAAAAAAAUUAAAAAAGUGUCGUCAAAUCGAGUGCUAGGUACGCAAGCAGCAAACUUGUCGCGAAAUGUGAUUCUUUAAUCAUUUUUCUGUGUUAUUGAUAAGCAACAGGUGUAAAACUUACUUAGCGAAAAACGUUCACAAACUUUUGAAAAAUUCAACAAUUUAUGAAAACAAUUUUUUGAAAACGUAGUAGUUUCCGAUCUAUCAAACGGUCAUAGUGAGAUUCUACUUCAAGAUGAUAAAAAACAGAAAAAAAAAUUGUAGAAGUACAUGACGUCCGAAUUCACGAAGGCGCCGAAAAAGGCAGUCGGAUGACGAUGUCGGCGGCGCUUCAGGCCGCCACAGAACCCUAUAGUUCCUGCUUCGGACAGCUCGACACUGAAGUCGAGUGGAUCGAGUGGAGGUACCAGAUUUUUGGUUGAAAUAUUGGAGCGUCAGUGCCAGUGAAAAUUAUUACUUUUGUCACAUAUCGAAUUAUCAACUCUUUGGCUCCAAUGGGCAGGUCCAUUUGUCCAGGUGGCGGGGUUGACUUACAAAAAUUUGCCAAAAUGACAUGUAAAAAGGGUUUUUAAGUUCUGGGAAAUAAUAUCUCAUUGUCUUGAGAUUGAUUAAUGACGUUUUUUCCACUAUUUUGUAAUUCAGACCGAUUAAUAAACUUUCUUUUUAAAGUUUUUUUUUACAGUUGCGACUCGAUGUUCUCACUUUUUUUUUUCAAAUUUUCAGAUCAUCACGAGGUGCCUUCUAUACAGCGAGUGAGAUGCCUCUUUCCGUUACAAAAAGUGCCGAUCAGCUGAAUGGAACUCUUAUGUUGUGAGUUCAUUUUGAGAUAACUAAUCCUCUCGACAAUUGUUUAUGGUUGUUUCAAAAAUACAAGAAAAAGACCUGGUUUCAUUCAAUUUUCCCUUUUUCAAAAUUAUAUCUCAGUAUCAAAAUAGUCAGCUGAAGGAAAUCGCUCUCCUGAAAUAAUAAAAAUCCGUUUUUCUCUUUUCAAAUGUUGCCAGUUAAGAUGGAUUACAUAUGGUCUUCGCACAAUUGUUAGAAGAAACUCUCGAAAACUGGAAAUUUUCCGGGAUUUUCAACUUUUUUAACCUAACAAAAAAAUUUUUUUUCUCAUGGUAAACAGCAACUUUUUGGCUUGAUAUGUGCCUGAAUUUUUUCGCGCAUUUUCAACCAAAAAGAUGAAAAAUAAAAACCAUGAAACCAGGAAAAAAACUUCUAAAUGAAAAAAACGUGGCUGUGAACUUUUUUUAUUUUUUUUAUAAUUUGAACAUGACUUUUUUUAAAUUUCAUGUAUUCAUGAUAUUCCGAAAUAGUUAAAAUUCAAGUAUUUUUGUUUCCAGACUCUGUGCGAACCAACGGACUUACCCGUUUAUGUUCCGAAUCCACGUCACUCAUCCAAACCAUCACCCUCCUCAUUUCGGAAAACCUUCCUACCAUUUUCACGUUCCGAUAACGUUGACGGUUGGUUCAACGAUCGCCAAACUCGAGGCAAGCUUCUUCAUUUUCUUCUCUUGCCUCAUAAAUUCUGGCCUUAGUUGAGCUUUUCCCCCCGGAAACCCCCUAUUACCAGAUUCGCAUCUCAAAUUGAGCGUUUAGAAAUGGAAACACGGCAAUUAGGGAUCAGGUUGCAGGUGACAGACCACGAUCCGGUCAUCUACAACUCGGAACGGAGCCUCGCCUUCACCAAGGAUGAGCCGCUCUUCGGAAUCGAACAGGAUGGAUCGAUAAUCGUCAAGAAACCACUCAGUUCCCAACUCGCCUACGUUGCCUUGCGCACUCAGGUAGAGCUCAGUUAAUUAAGCUGGCUGAGGUGUUUAAACAAGCACGAGCUCUAUGGAAUAAAGAUCUCAAAACGAGUGACCUUUGUUGGAGGAUUCUAGGCGGAACCUCUUUUCGUGAAUUUUUAUCGUCACGUUAAAAUAUUGACUUAUCUUUGGAACUCGAGAGUGGUCCCUAUAGGGGCGGCUACAGGAACCCUUGAAGAUUUCUUCGAUGAAGUAAUUAUUAACAAAGGAAGAUUUGAUAAUGUUUGAUUUCUUAAUUUUGAAGUCUGGAAAAAAACAUUAAAAGGCCCUAUAGUUACCAAUUGAGUUUUAGGGAGGUUAAAGGUCAGACUUAAACUCCUAGAGGAACCACCUAAAUUUUCCCCUACAGAGGGCACUUUUUCUUCCUUGUAGGGGCCACUCUGGGGGCUCCUAAGAUAGAGUCGCUUUUUUCGUAAGUCUCAAAUUAAAAGUUUGAAUCCGGAUAUAAAAAACCAAGAAAAUAUUUUUGAAGGUUCUCGCAAUCGACUACGGCAGUCCACAGCUCUUCACCAUAGCCAAUGUUUCUCUGACGCCAGUCACUGUUUCUGGUGAGGAACGUUUAAGGGAAUCCGGUCUGAUUUAUUUCACUCUCAGAAGUGCGCGAUGCUCGGGUGAACGUCGCCCGGAGCGAGUACCAAAUCUUCGAGUGGGACGUGCCUGGUUACGGUAGAGCGGACAAGUUUCGUCUCACUGUGCGACGUCAUCUCAAUCAGACCGUCUACGAGGAGGAAGUCGACGGCACAAGGACUGUCGCCUUGACAAAAGUAGGUUUUUCCUUUCUUUGACUGUAACAAUUUCGAGUUGAGAUAAUUUCGAGACUUUGAAAAAUUGAGCUCAAUAUCAAAAUUUUGUAUUUUUUCCAAACAGUGAUGUUUUCGUUGUAGAUUUGAUCAAAUCAGUUUUGUAGUUUUCAGCUUUUUGAUUGAAAAUUCGGUUCAGUUUUUUUUAAAAUUGUAUUCCUAAGCCCAGAUUUUCAUGAGAUCAUUUUUCGGAGUAGCCGAUUUUCGAUUUAAAAAAAAUCAUAUUUUUCACAAGAAUAUUUUUUCAUGAAAUUUAAAAAGCUAACUUCAGUUUAUGAAAAGUUUUCAGCUUUUUGGAGAUUUUUUCGAAAAAUUGUUUUGAAAAUUUGAAGAUUCCGUUCAGACUGCAACUGUAAAAUAAGUUAUUCCAAAGCCAAACACUUUUUUCGUCCAGAUGAAACUGUCGCCAUCGGAAAGCUACACGUUCCGAAUCGUGGCGAUCGACGUGAACGGCGAGACUCCCAGCGAAUGGCUCCCCUUCGGACCUCUCCAUCACAGUCAGUCCGACCUCAGGUCCCCCUCCAAGAGCUCCAACUUCAGGCCUGUCGUGCGACGGCGAGUGCUCCAGAGGCGGCGUCCCGCUCUGCUUCCACGGGCCUUUCAACCGCGUCGAGCAGUUCGUCGACUCGGCCGGCGCCCAUUGCCAGUGCUUCCCCGGCUACGUCGGCGUCUCCUGCGACAGAAUCGGUGCGCAACGAAGCUAAUUUUGUAGAAUAUUGAGCCAAUAUUGCGUAUUUUAGUGCAGAACUUGCAGCGAGUAUAGUUGUUGAGGAUUUAAAAUAAUAUUUUUGGAUGAAAUAUAAUAUUAAGUCCCAGAACUUGAAAAAUUUGAAAGCUUUUUUUGAGAGAAGAUUGACUUAAAAAAAUUCACAAAAAAAGCCCUUUUGGGGACAACCAGGGAGGCCUAUUGUAUUAUUAAAAAAAGUUUAAUUUUUCAAAGCGUUUUUGGCUAAUUUCGAUGUUCAUAGGGCGGCUUAACCUAUACUAACAGUGAAAAAAGCUCUGCACUUUAAGAUGAUCUUUGGCGAGCAGUCGAUGCUCCUUUAAUUAGGAAACUCGAUAUUUUCAGUUUUUAUCAUUAUACAUUCAUUGUUGAAUAAGAAAUGAAUGGUUAUAAAAAUGGAAAUCAAAAGAUUUUUACGAUUCAGUAGAUUCAAGAAAAAUAAUGGACAAAAAAAGCUGCAGCAGUGAGAUAUACUGUAAGUCAAAAACUUUCCCAUAGCUCAGAGAUUCCCAAACUUUUUUUCUAUCAGCGAACAUUUUCCCAUGCAAAAUCUUAGAAACUAUCACUAGGAAGUUUCCUGCUUGCGUCAUUUUGUGCAGCAGGCGCUGACCCUCUUGUGUGCCACCCCUGAAUGGUCCAUUGCGCAACGCGGCAGAACAUCUGCGUGUCCCUCCGGUUUUCCGGUUUCGGACGAGGUUUUAAUGCGCCAAAACCCGAGGCGCGACAGCUUAAUGAUUUAGCCAAUCGCUCAUAUUUGCCGCGUUUGAUGUCGCCUUGGCAUCUUAAUUAUUGUGUCAAGCGUUGGAGCCGCAAACACGGUGCAACACUCGGAAACACGUCUAAGAGCCUUUCGGGGACCUCCUGGCGCAAUUUCCUAGUGGCUCAUCUUAUGCGCAACGAAAGAACAUGACUUACAGACCAAUGUGCCGCCGACAAGACGGUCGAGACCUGGGGCGGCGUCGACUGGAGCGUCGUACACGCGAAUACGACUUUACGGCUCCCUUGUUAGUUUUUAGUCUUACCAAGAGAAUCUCGGAAUAUUCGGAGUUUGAUAUCGCACGAUAUUUUAACACAAAUUCAGAGGAAUUUUCUGCCUUCACCUUUUUUAGGGUUGAUUAUGUUCAGGAAACUCGAAGAAACAUGAUCAUUUUCUUUUCAAAGACAGUUUUAACGCUUCACAUCUCUCAGUUUAUCAAAUCACAAUUGUGCCAUGUCCCGAAAAGGAUAGAUUGUUCUGAAGGAAAAUUCGAAUAAUUUUCAAAAAUAUACGAAGGUUUAUCAGAGUCAAGAGAAUUGGAAUUCAAUGUAAACAUAAUUAUAUAACUCUGCUUGAUUCUGAAAUAGAAUUUGAAGUCUCAGAUUCAAUUUUUUUGUCCACCAACGUCCACCAUAAUUUUUUUUUAGAAGUUUUCACAAAAAGAUCAAAGUCCUUUUGAGGUCCGUAUAACCAGCCGCAGGAGAAUCAGUACGUGGAACGUCGUUGUUCCUGGGACGAGGCCACUGGAAGAGCCAUUUGGAUGAGACCGAAAGAAAGGGAUCGCUGUAAUCAACAGGUGAUUUUCACCUUUUUUUGCUGGUUUUUUUAAAAAGAAAACUAGGAAACUCUGCAGGUUGAGUCCUUCAGGGUCUUUUGCUGGUACGUCAGAGAUGUUCCAGUGAAUUCCCAAAAAUUAGAAUGGCCAUUCAUAGAAAAAAAAAAGUUGCAGACAUCGGUUCUGACACACUUGGGCAUGAUGGGCACCUUCACAGCCAGAGCCACGACUGUUUCCGCGAUUAAUACCGUCGUUACGUCAGUUUUUCUCUCACGUUUUAGAACUGGCGGUCUUUCUUUGUAAAGAAUGCGCUUUAUGAUGUGAACUCUGGACAAGUUUUUAUGGACCCUUUUCCAGAUUCGUCCAGAAACUUCUCACGGUGCCGGCGUUUGUCCAAGACGGACCAAAGUAUGCUCACUUUGACCAGAAAAUCGCCGAAAUGGCCAUCCACGUGUUGGAUUCGAUCGUGCAGAACGACAUCGAUCGCCUGGAUGGGAACACGACUCUUUUGAAAGUGAGACCUGGAAAAUUAGGGGAAUCUGCUGGUCGCAUGUGCAAUGGCUUAAAAUGUUCUAGUUCGAGUGAAAAUCUGGAAAUUUCACUGCCGAUCUUUGGAUUUCUACUUCCAACGCAAGAGUCAAAAAUAGUUAAUAGUCCAGUUGACUAUUAUCAUUUUACACAGUUACGAAGUUCAACUGAAGAUUGGAAUUUGCGGUUCUAGUUGCUGUUGGAUAGUGGAACUGAGAUGCAUUUCAUAGUACUUGUAGGUUCAAAACAGCUUGAGUUCCAUUAUUUUAUACUGUGUUCAAAGUAAUUUUCUCUGAAACCGAAAUCAUCUCUGACUCUCCGAAUUUUAGUUAUCUUUUUCACUCUUGGACAGCUAUCUCAAAUUUGGCGGAGUCAUUUUUAACACGCCCUCCUAUUUUCGUGCUAUUAGCUAAGAUCUAUGGAUUUCAAGUCCAGAAGAAAAGGAAAUUGCGAUUCUCGUGCUGAUUUUCAGAUAAACAAGAACCUUCGAAAAAUUUUCAUGAAUAGAAAGUUCAGGAGGACGCGUGGCGGGUCGUGGAACGGUUCUCCCGAAGUUUGCCAACUCCGUACUCUUUGGCGUCGGCGGAUCUCGGCAUCCACAUGAAGUCGAUUCAGUGGAUCAAAAAGGCCGAGGUCAACGACAACAUGGUCGGCAAGAUGUGUCGCGUUCAGGUUUUUUUUUUUCGUAUUCUGGGCUCUUUUCUUAUUAUUGCAUUUAUCUGUAUUUUCUUCAAUACUUGCCCUCGUUGUUUACUCAAUUUCAAUCCUUUUGAAAUUUUCAUCUUUGCAGUUGCCACCUAUCGACGUUGAUCUGGCGGUGCGGCUGGUCUGCGCCUCCAACGCCACUCUCUUCGAACUUUUAGAACCCAAGUGCGUAACUUUGGACUAGAUUUGUUCAAAAAAAAAUAUCCGAUCAUUUAACUAUAUGGUGGGGAACUUCAAUAUUGAGUAUGGAGUUCAUCAUAAUCUCCUCUGAGCGUUACUAAUCGUGGAACCCUCAAAGUUGGAUUUUUGCACGACUUCUUGGUAGAUUUAUCUCGACUAUAGCGAAAUUUAUUUACGAGUACAUGAUGGAAUAACGCUCAGUCGUGAUUCCGAUGAAGUAAUACACGAGGGAACGAAGUUUUUGUAGAUGAAUUCAAACUUGGUGCCAGAAAAGCUGAUUUCCGUUUUUGAAAAUUAUCAGAUUCGGAAUUCUCGUUUCAUUCAUUCUCAUAUCCUUGCUAUUUCAAAAAAUAGAUCAAAAAUAUGAAUAUCUGAGGAAGUACAGUUCGUUUUCGAAGCUCUAAGAGAUAUUCUCAAAUGUAAAAUGAAGAGGAGAAGAAUUUUUGAAAAAUGAAGAGAGAAUGAGAGUUUCACUACCAUGAUUCCAUUUCCAGAAGCCCCGUGUUGUCAGUUUUCCCCGACGGCGAGACCAAGGCGACUUUCUCGCGAAUGAGCAUUUUCCUGAGAUUCCCAGACACUUUCGACAACUACACCUGUGUUUCUUACGAUGAAGAAGGUGAAAUUUUAUUGGAAAAUUUCUUAAACGCUUUUUGGGACUUUAGAAAAAGCUUGGUCUACAAAAGGAAUCCGAAGGAUCGACAACAACUACCAUGGAUAUGUCAAGUGCGAGACGAAUCAUUUCGGCGUUUUUGCUCUUUUGCCGGUUCGACUCUCUUUUUUGAUUUUUCUCACCCAAUUCUGUGCCUGUAGGACCGUUUGUUCUACAACUCGGAGAAUUUCUGGAAAGAUUUGUCUUCUCACAUGCCCACCGCGACUUCCUUUGUCACAUUGAUCUGCACAAUCCUCUUACUUUUCAUGGCUGCCGUUCAAAAGUAGAAUUUCAUAGCCUUUUCCUGAAAUGUUUAGAGUUUUAGAAAUCAGCCGAUCGACUGCGCGUUUUUGAUGUAUCUUUUCUACGUUUUCAUGAUCCAUCUUGCUCAUCUUCUUCUUUUCAUCGCUCCUCAGGUUAGUGAACGGAAAUCGGGUCGCUUCAGUAUGGGAUGAAUUUUGAGCUUUGUGAAAAAAAAGCGAAGUUUGAAUCAAAUUUAUAAAUUCUCUCGGAUUGGGAAGAGAAAAUUUUUCGUGAAGUUUCAAAUCACAAAAAAAAACAAGUUCCUCAAAGUUGCGACAUUCAGGUCGGAGAGCCAUUCGCUUUCUCGUCGACACUCCAUUUUGUCCUGCAAUUCUGCGUGAUCGCCUCGGCAGGCCUUCUGGUCCUCGUUCUCUAUUCUGUCUACAAGGUGAUCAUCUCCAGCAGCGAGUCCAAAGACGACGACGCCACCUGCUUCUCUCGACCUUUCCAUGUUGUCUUUCUUGGCGUCGGUUCGUUUCAAUUUCUCAGGCCAUUUCAACCUUCAAAUAUUCUAGGAGUUCCACUGGCGUGCACAGUUUGUUCCUAUAUUAUAACCGACGGAAGAGAAGUUGAUAUUUUGAGGUUAUUCGAUCUUUUUCUGGCGUUUGAAAAAGAAGUUUCUUCAGCAUAGUGCAAAGAACGGAUUGGGUCUUCAUUAUCGGAUAUUUGUUCCCAACCGCCUUGCUUUUCUCGGUCUGUGUUGCCGUCGGCGUCUGGAACGUCUACAUUGGAUCUACUGCCAAGUUAGUUUGAAAAUAUCUGGAUUUUUUGAAGUGGGCUCUUGAAAUGAUGGCCUUAUUGUUUUAGAAGCCAUCGACGAGGCACAUCGGAACGGUUUCUUUCCUUGGGACCUGCUAUCAGCGCUUCGUUGACUUCUUUAUUUAUGGUAAGGAGUCACAUUUUUGUCCUUUUUGAGCUUAAGGAAAUAAUAUUUUGGUUAAAAAAAUCUAGAACAAUCUCUUAAAAUAGGUAAAUCAUUAUUAAAAUAGUUGACUUUUUCAACCUUUAUGGAUUUCAGGCGCUUCCUUUUUGUGUUAUUUCUGAAUUUUUAUACGUGACUUGAGUAUUUUUAGUCGCCCUGGAUUUUUUCAAAUGUUAAUUUAUAAUGUUUUUUUUUUCUAUUUUUUGAGGAAUAAAGGCCCGAGUCGACGAUUAAAAUUUUUUUUUCAAAAGACAUGAAAUUUUUCAAUCGAAUAACUUGGGUCAACAAAAUUGGAAAUUGAAAACUUUUGUAAACCUCUAUAAUUUGAAGAUAUUCUUCCUGUGCUCGACAAUUUUGCUCUUUUUCUUCCGAGAAGAGUCUUCGGUGGUCGUCACGUGUUUCUGUAUAACACAGUUGGCACACGUAAUCUGUGCCUUCUUUUUCGCGUCAUUUCUUUUUAGGUUGGUGGAAAAAUGAGACAAUAAAGAUUAAAUUGUGAUUCAGAGUAAGAUUCCUGUUGCAAUGCAGUUCAUCGAGCUCAACCGAGUCCUUGGAGCGGAAAAGGGACAUUUCGCGGGCCUUACUCGACCACGUCGACACCAAGAGCAACGCCACAGACGGGGGCUUCACCGAGGCCGGAUUCGGCACUCUCCGCGCCUCUUUCCACGCUCCUCCGGAUGACGACGACUUCAUUCCGACAUCUAAUGGCCACGGCCAUUUCCUCACCCAUAACAUCUUCCAGAGGGCUCCCAUGGUUAGCAUAGUCUGA